UUGCCUCUCCAGUGCCAAGCCAAGGUUUCCGCUACACAGCAACCAAAGCCCUGCGUCUUGGGUCAGGAGAAGCCCAGGCGAGACAAACGGAAAGAUGGCCGGCCGCAUCUUGGGCGCCGCAGGAGCAAACUGGUUAGCCAGGCCGCCCAAGAUCGACGUGAAGACGCUCUGCCUGCUGUACAUGGUGCUUUUCAUGGCGCUCUGGAUGUCCUCGCUUCGGUGGCCGAGUCCCGCCGGCGCCGGGGUCGGGCCGCGCCGCUACGGCCCGGCCGUGGAAGCCCUGGUCACCUGCCUCUUCUUCACGUUCGUCACCGUCCUGCUGCAGGCGCUGCUCGCCAUCGCGCUGUCGGAGAAGCCGGCGCCGACGGCGCUUCCGCCUCCCGUGAGCCAGUGGAUGAUGGGCAUAAGCGUGUGGAUGUCCGGCGUCCUGUUCUACCUGAUCUACGCCUCCAUGGCCCGCGGGCAUGCGGCAGAGUCGAGCCACUCGGAGCUGAUCAUCGCCGGGGCCGCCAGUGUUGUGAGCCUCGCCAUGACCGUCUACAACAUGCUGCAGCGCCCCGUCUUUGCUUAGCUGCGGAACGACGAUGAUUGAGCAUCCUGAAGUGUGGCGACCUGAAGAAGGGCCAGACUUGAUGACUCCUAUGGCAGUUAACCAGUUUGCUAUGUUGCUACUAUUUUCUGUCUAGUGUUGGAUGUGUUAUGAGUAUGUUUUUGAUCACCAAGCUUCUCUGUCUACUAUCUGAACUCAGCAAGGAUUUGGCUUCAUUUGGGGGAUAGGAUUAAUCUAUGUCAGUACGUGAGAUGUUUCGUGAUAAACUAUUUCUUUAGGGAAUGUUUCAUGAAAAGCUUGUUAAUGGGGAUAUGCCUUUUUCCUUGUGUGUUUGUGUUGCAAUCCCAGGAUCAUGCUCAGGGGUCAUUGGUUCAU